AGUCUUUAGUAACUAGGGUUUUAGCAAAAAAAAAAAGAAAAACCGUUCUUCAACAGAGAAAAAAGAAAAAAUGGCGACUAAAUCCCUAAUUAGAAACGGAGCUAUGCUGAUGAAUCGAGUGUUAGUGAAACAAGCUCUCAACCCGAACCCGAUCACUAACAAUCGAGUCUUGAAUCAAGGCAUUCAAAUCACUCCUCAGCUGUUCCCAUCUCUCUCGAAGCCAAAACUUGAAAUUCCCCAUUUGCCUCGAAACGACGUCGAUUCUCUCUCUGAAGUCUCCUCUACGGGGUUUCUUUAUCCAUUUGGUCUCCCUUCUCUUCGUUUCUUCCUUCCCGACGGAGAUUCAUCAAGUGAGCCAAUGCUAUUAUUCCCCAAAAGAACAUAUCAGCCUAGUACCAUCAGGCGCAAGAGAAAUCAUGGAUUUUUUGCCCGCAAGGCAACGAAGGGCGGUAGAAGAGUCAUUGCUCGAAGAAUAGCAAAGGGUCGUUCAAGAAUUACCGCUUAGAAUCUGGAUUUUCAGUGAUGCGUUCAUCAGAAUCGAAAUCCGGAAGCUGCCUUAAAUAGGGUACAACUAAGCAAAAUUCGUAUCACCUUUUUUGCUUAAUUCAGUAGGCUCUGCCUAUCCUAAUGACACUCUUUGGAGGAAUUUUUUUUCUUUCUUCAGAUAGAUUUAUGUUCACUUUUAGAUUUCUUUUUGAUACAUAAAACUUGCAAGAAGUAAUUGCUAUGCAGAAAGUUAUGAAAAACGGUUCUCGUUCGUAAUUUAUGAUGAAGUAGAUUUCGUUC